AUGGAGAAUCCAACCACUACUCACUUCAAAGCAGCUAAGAGAAUACUCCGAUAUCUCAAAGGUACGAUCGACUAUGGUCUAUUAUAUUCAGCUACUAACGAUUACAGGCUUGUUGGCUACAGUAAUAGUGACUGGGCUGGUGACACUGAUGACCAGAAGAGUACAAGUGGAUAUGUGUUCUAUAUGGGAGACACUACCUUCACUUGGAUGUCUAAGAAGCAGCCCAUUGUCACAUUAUCAACCUGCGAAGCCGAAUAUGUGGCUGUCAGUGUUUGUCAUGCAAUUUGGCUCAGGAGUUUAUUAUCGGAGCUCGGGUGGCCACAAAAUGAGCCAACAACUAUUUAUGUGGACAACAAGUCGGUCAUUGCAUUAUCCAAAAAUCCAGUGUUCCACAACCGAAGCAAGCACAUCGACACCCGCUACCACUACAUCAGAGAAUGCGUUGCAAAUCAGGAGAUUCAAGUCGAGUAUGUGAAAUCGCAGGAUCAAGUUGCCGAUAUUUUCACAAAGACCCUCAAGUACGAUGACUUUAUCAAAAUCAGGACGUUGCUCGGAAUGACAAAUCAAGUUUAA